AUGGCCGCCACGCUCGCGACGCUCCCCGCGUCCUCCUCCGCGCUCGCCGCCCGCCGCGGCGGCGCGAGCGUGACGACGCGCCGCGCGAGCGCUCACCCCGCGCGCGCGACGCCCUCAUCACGAUCGCGAUCGGCGGCUCUCGUCGCGCGCGCGUCCGUCGUGCGCGUCGAGUUCACGCCCUCGGACGGCGGCGACGUCAUCGUGACGGACGUCACCAAGGCGAGCGUCCUGCGCGACGUCGCGCUCGGGGACAAAGUCCAGCUGUACGAGGGCAUGGCGAAGCUCCUGAACUGCGGUGGGAUGGGCAACUGCGGGACGUGCAAGGUGCGGGUGACGGAAGGGAUGGAGCUGCUCUCCCCGCGCACGGACGCGGAGAACGGGAAGCUGAAAGGUUUGGGCGAGGACUGGAGGUUAGCGUGCCAGUGCCUGGUCGGCGGCGACACCGCGCCGGAGGGGGCGGUGCUCAAGGUCGUGAACAAGCCGAAGAAGUAG